AGUAAGUGAAUAAUGGUCCAACUAAGAGUGCGUUACAUUUAAUAUUUCUAAGGAUUUAAAUGAGAGUUGCUCAGAUAUUUGACUCACGACAGAGCCAUGACGAGGACAAGAUUACUGUAGCAUUGCUCAACUGUGUUGUGUACUUGUUAAAAAUAACAACAAAGACCGAAGCGUAGCUCCAUAAGUGUUGGCCUCGGUUCUCCUUCUGUCUAUUUCCCCCAGACAAGGUUGAACUUGAACCUCUCUGUCUUUUAACUCUUUAUCACAAUUUUUCUGGCUCCUUCUGCGGGCAUUUUUAAGCGGUUGAAGCUGUAAAUGCCUCUGAGUUUUACAUGGGGAAGAAGGGGAGUGGUAGUUCAUGGUUAACUGCUGUCAAAAGGGCAUUCAGAUCUCCCACCAAAGACACUGACAAAAGGAGUGGCAGAAGAAGAGAGGACUGUGACCAAGAAGAAGAUGAAGAGAAGAAGAGGGAGAAGAGAAGAUGGAUUUUCAGGAAGACUCACAUGAGUCAUGAAGGUGUGAACAACAACACUCAACAAAAGUUGAAGCAUGAUGUGGUGCCAAGUGGGGGUUCAAGGACGGAGCAGGAUCAAAACCAUGCACUUGCGGUGGCGGUGGCCACCGCAGAAGCUGCCAUGGCCACCGCUCAGGCGGCGGUGGAGGUGGCAAGGUUGACCAAACCUGCUAGCCAUGUUGGGGAGCAUCGUGCUGCUGUUACCAUUCAAACUGCUUUCAGAGGGUAUCUGGCAAGAAGGGCACUUCGUGCACUUAAGGGGUUGGUGAAGUUGCAAGCCUUAGUUAGAGGGCACAAUGUUAGGAAGCAGGCUAAGAUGACCCUUAGGUGCAUGCAGGCUUUGGUUAGAGUUCAGGCAAGGGUCCUUGACCAGCGUAUAAGGUCUUCACUUGAAGGUAGUAGAAAAUCAACUUUCAGUGAUACUGCUAGUGUUUGGGACUCAAGGUAUCUUCAGGACAUUUCGGAUAGAAAAUCAAUGUCAAGAGAGGGAAGCAGCAUUGCAGAUGACUGGGACGAACGUCCUCACACGGUUGAAGAAGUGAAGGCCAUGUUGCAGCAGAGGAAGGAAGCUGCAAUGAAGAGGGACAAGAACUUAUCCCACGCCUUCUCCCAACAGAUAUGGAGGAAUGGUAGGACAUCAUCAAUUGGAAAUGAAGAUGAGUUAGAAGAGAGACCAAAAUGGCUAGACCGGUGGAUGGCCACAAAGCCAUGGGAGAAUAGAGGAAGGGCUUCAACUGAUCAAAGAGAUCCCAUUAAGACUGUGGAGAUUGACACCUCUCAGCCUUAUUCAUAUCUAGCAACCAACUACAGAAGAUCACAUCCUAAUUAUCAAUACAAUCCACACCAUCACCAACCACAAAGGCAUUCCAUUGCCUCCCCAAUCCAUAGAUCUCACCAAAACGGUUCCCUUCAAUCCCCAGCAACUCCUUCUCCUGCCAAGUCAAGGCCUAUCCAAAUCCGGUCGGCGAGCCCACGAUGCAUUAGAGAAGACAGAAGCUACCACACCUCACAGACACCGAGCUUGAGGUCUAACUACCACUACACAGGAAGCUUGUACCAAAAUGGAAGGGUUGGAACAAGCAGUGGUAGUGGCAAUGGUGGUGGUGCUACAUUGCCUAAUUACAUGGCGGCAACCGAGUCUGCGAAGGCUCGAAUCCGGUCACAAAGUGCGCCUAGGCAGAGGCCAUCCACACCAGAGAGGGACAGGGUUGGAUCAGCCAAGAAAAGGCUUUCUUUCCCAGCUCCUGAUCCUUAUAGUGUGGGAGCGAGUUAUGGAAAUUAUGGUCAUAGUUUGAGGAGUCCAAGCUUCAAGAGUGUGAGUGGAUCACACUUUGGGUUGGAGCAUCAGUCCAACUACUCAUCUUGCUGCACUGAGAGUAUUGGUGGUGGUGAGGUUUCUCCUUCUUCAACCGGUGACCUUAGAAGGUGGUUGAGAUGAUUUGUUGCACACUUUAAUGAGAACAUGAUUAGGUCAUGGCAUUUGAAUAUUUUGUGUGAUGUUAGAGUUAAUUUUAGUUUAACCCUUUCUCACCCCAAAAGAAAGAGUUACCCCGGGUGACCUGAAUCUGACGUUAGGAGCAGAGAAGCAAGUACUUUUCUUGCUAGGAAACUCAGAACAAUUUAAUGUGUUCGUUUAUCAUUCGUUUUUCAUACUUUUGUUAAGAUGCCAAGAAAAAAGUGAGCCGUAUGUGGUGGCCUACCUCACUUGGGAUGUUAUGUUGAUGUUGAAAGAAUUGCCUACACCAUCUGAAUAGCCUUUAAUGGACUGUCCUGUCACAAUAACAUGUAAUAUUUUCGUAUUUUAGUGAUUGCCUUUAAUUAGCAUAGCAAAAUGUACCAUAAUAAUGGAUAAAUUGCACAUCGCUAGCUAGAGCAAUUCAUAUAAUAAUGGGUGUACUUCACAA